AUGCCUGUCCAGCCCAUGAAGUCAUCGCCAUCUCUGCCUCCCCGCCCCUCACCAUCCCCCAAAUCUCCACCACAGGCCUCUCUGUCGCCGCCCUCCUCCUCCUCCUCGGCGCCACUAGCCUCACUGCUACCUCCCCCUCCCCAUCGUCCGCGGCGUUCAACUCUCCCAAGGCCUCUCCUUCGCCUUCUCCGCCGCCAAAUACACCGCUACAACCAAAAUCUUGCCACCUCCAAAUCUGGCCCUCCCCACCCCUGGCUCGCCCUUAACGGCCUUGCCAUUGCACUCGUCGUCUUCCUCAUCCUCACCACCCGCGCUAGCGACCACCCCCCACCCUCACCACCACAAGAAAACCAAAACAGGGCUUAA